AUGUGCAAAAUUCUGGUGCUGGUCGUUGCGUGUGCGUAUUUUGUUUUGGUCUACGCAGAAGGUUCAACUGAGAAGAAUGGUGCAUCGGAUAAAAACAGCGCAUGCAAUUGUCGUUGUGGUGAACGGAAUGAGCCUCCCCGGAUCGUAGACGGAACGGAAACAGGAGUGAAUGAAUUCCCGUGGGUAGCACGGCUGUCGUACUUCACCAAAUUCUACUGUGCGGGAAUGCUUAUCAACGAUAGAUAUGUGCUGACUGCGGCACAUUGUGUGAAGGGAUUCAUGUGGUUUAUGAUACGGGUGACCCUGGGGGAGCACAACCGUUGCAACGCUACUCGUCGUCCAGAAACUAGAUACGUCACCAAGGCGAUCGCCCACAACUUCACAUUCGCUACAUUCAGAGACGACAUUGCACUGUUGAGGCUAAAUCUGCCAGUCGUCACCAGCGAUGUCAUCAAACCUAUCUGCCUCCCAUUGAAUGAUGACGAAACUUACGUUGGAGUGAAAGCCAUAGCUACUGGCUGGGGGUCAGUCACAGAGUCCAAGAACCAGUCAUGUGUGCUGCUGGAAGUGGAGCUUCCGAUCCUUAGCAACGAAGAGUGCAGGAGCUCACAGUACGACUCCCAUAUGAUAAGUGAUAAUAUGCUGUGUGCGGGUCUGUCAAAAGGAGGAAAGGAUACGUGUCAGGGUGACAGCGGUGGACCCUUAUGUGCCGAUAAUGGUGGAAAUCGAUACGAGCUGCUAGGGGUGGUUUCUUGGGGCAUCGGCUGUGGCAGACCGGGAUAUCCAGGAGUCUACACCCGGGUCACCAAGUAUUUGGAUUGGAUCCUGGACAACGGCUGCCCCGGUGGCUUCUGCAUCAAUUCCACUAAUUCUCAUUACUAA